AUGAUAACGAUAUCACUACCUAAUGAUUGUCAUAAUAAUAGAUGUUCGUUGGUGUUGACUCAUUUCUGUGAGACUCAUGGUCCUUCUGUUGUGUUUACUACACAGACAGAGUUUAUACUGCCUUCGACUACAACAUCACAGACAGACGAUACAUCAUCAUCAACUUCAAGCAGUGAUGUCACCAUCUCUUCGACGGGUUCAUUAUCUUCAACACCUCAUAUAAUACGUCGUCCUCUAGUCAGUGUCAAUGUCAAUCAUAAUGUCAAUGGAGUUGGAGUUGGAGAUGGAGAUAGACAAGAUGAUGAUGAUGAGGAGGACAAUGGUGACGCGGCAACAGCAGCGGAAACAACAAUCAUUACAUCAUUGCCAUCAUUGUUUGCAGCAACAACAACAAAUGUAAAUAAUGGCAAUGGAGUUGCCAAUGGGAAUGGCAUUGGACAUGGCAACAACAACACGACAGACAACAACACUUCACAACAACAGCCUCAUCAAUAUACACCAUUACAUACAAUAUAUAACGAACACUCUGCAUCACGACUUGGUGCCACUCAUUCAGUAUUGAUUCCAUCACUUUCCACCAACUCCAACAUCAACAAUGCGACUACAUCAUCAUCAAGCCAAUCAUCACCUCUCUUAACAUCAUCAACAUCAUCAACUACAUCAACUACAUCAACUCACUCAUCACCUACAAAGACGACAACAACAACAACAACUACACCACCAGCACGUUGUCCAACUUGUUCAUCACUGCCACAGGGUAGCGGCCUUGUAUCACAGGAUGCACUCAACUCCAACCUUUACUAUGUUAGCACGCAUCAACCGUCCAACACUUCAUACAGCCAGAUACGUACAGCUUGUGUGCGAUCAUUGUCAUGUGAGCUGGUACCAGGACGUGAGGGACCAGUCUACAUUAGCAGCAACGACGGAUACUUUCUCAGCUACAUGUUCAAGGUGAAUGACAUCCGUGCAAGAGGCUCAGCGCGCUGGUACGGCUUCCUUUUCCUGCUGGGCGAGUCGUCAUCGCUGGUCAACUACUUUAGCUGGAUAGUCAGCUGUUUCCGAUCGAUGGCCAACGAGAUGAAAGAGCGAUCCAACGUGGUGUUUAAGCGCGAACAGUCCACACAGUCGUCGUCUCAGGCACUCUCAAAUCUGAUGCGUCGCGGACUUCGCUCUGUCCCAUUGCGACCACUCACCGAACUGAUGGAGGACCCAAACUUCUUCCACCGACUGCACAGCUCAUUCAGCAGCAUCCUAUCUACAUGCAAUCUAAAGUACUUCCUUCUUCAGAACCAGCCAUCAAUGUUGGAGGAACAGGCAGCGCAACUCCAGGAACUCAAAGAGCGAUAUAUGUAUAAUGGAGGUCGACUUGGCCCACUGCGAGGCCCACAAGACAUCCACGCUCUGUUGGCCGAGAAGCUCAACGAGUCUGUCGUAUUCCCCGUACCCCAAGAGCGUCUGCGGACGUUGGGCCAGGUGUACCGCAUCACAUCAUCGACCAACCGUGCCAACGACAUCUCAGUGUUGGUCUACAAUAUGAUCGUUGGCAAUCAGGUCGUUAUACAGAGUCGUUCACCAGCACUGGCCGCAUCACUUAUCGAUCUACUCAAGGAGUUGGUACCUCGCGAGUGCGUAUCAAUAUGUUAUUACUCCGAGACAUUCAAAGAGAUAUGGGAGUGCAACCUACUUGGACUGAGUCCACGAGCGAUCAUUCCACGUCAUGUUGAUCGAUCAGUAAUCAACAUGGUAGAUAUUGAUUAUUAUGACAAGUCACAGGAACCAGAGGACAUUGAUAGUCCAUACCGAUCAACAAUAGAGAUCACACUUAGUGGUCCACAUCAUACAUCCACUCUUGGUCUGGCCAUCGAGUCCAUUCUGAGGCAAGACUUCCCUCCAGAUGUAGAGCGCAUGCAUCUCCUAACACUGAGAGAGGAGUGGAUAAAUAAGACAAAGUCAUUCUAUGGUGUGCGAUCAAUCAUUGAGAAUGAUAAGGAUAAGAGAUUGGUUAAGUUCCUACAGUUGAUCAACUGUGGACACGAGAAGGACUUGACUAUAUUGAUGUUCUGGACAGCUUGUUCAAGGAAAUGGUUCACAUCAUUAGAACGAAGAUUAAGUGUACUAAAGUAA